CCAGCCAUUCCCAUCGGAGGUGGUCUUUCAGCAGUUCCAGCCUCAGCAGACAUACGAGUUUCCCCUCAACUUUAGAAACAAUGACAGAGUUGCUCGUCACCUGAAAGUGAUUCACGAAGACUCUCCUUACUUCGGAGUUGUGUGCCAGAGACCAGCUGGGAGCAAGGUGGCCCCUGGCAUGGAGGUCACAUAUCUCAUCCUCUUCACCCCUGACGAGAGGAAGGACUACCACCUGGAGUUGGUGUGUAUUACUGAGAGGGAAAGGUUUGUGGUGCCAGUUAGGGCAGUGGGUGUGCGGGCUCUGCUGGACUUUCCUGAUGAUAUCCACUUCCCAGCAUCUCCAGUCAAGUAUCCAUCAAGUAAGACAAUUCUCGUGAGGAAUGUUGGAGACAAGGAAGCUCAGUUCACUCUUGAAACCCAAAGUCCAUAUUCAGUGGCUCCGACCUCAGCCAGUCUAGAGGUGGGACACUGCAUGCAAGUCACUGUCACAUUCUGUCCAACCACCGUUGGAGACUUCUCUGCAGAGCUGACUGUCCACUACAACACCGGUGAGAGUGUGUAUAGUUUGCUGCACGGCAGUUCUGUGGACGUCAAUGUACGGCUGGACAGAAGCUCCUUGAAACUCGAGAACACUUACAUAAGACUCUCCACUCAGAGGUCUGUUGUUCUGCACAACCGGAGUAAGGUGGUAGUCCACUACCAAUGGAAGGCCUUUUCCAGUGUGGAAGAGGAGGAGGCCCAGAAACUACUUAAUUUGACUCAGCUGGAGGAGGAAGAGGCAAUGGCACAGGAAGUCCUGCUGGAGCGAUCCUUGAUUGACCCAACCAUGAGGGACCGGCUACCCAUUGUGGCACACAGUCUGGCUCACAGAAAAGGUGAAGAAGCUUUCCAUAUAGAGCAUACAUUGAGUGUGUACUAUCACAGAGCUUUGUUGAUAUGGAAAAGUUCCUCUUCUCUGAUGACAACAUCAGCAUCGAUCCAGUGGAGGGUGAGAUAUGGCCCAACUCUCAAGCAGAAAUAUCUGUCAUCUUCACUCCGUCUGAGUCUGCCAGUUAUUCUCGAGUGGCCUACUGUGAUGUGACUGGAAGAGAGUCUCGACUGCCACUCAGAGUCACAGGACAGGGAAUCGGACCUCGUCUCAUGUUCUCUUUUGACACCCUCGACGUACAGAAUGUCUUUGUCAACUCUGCCCAUGCAUAUGAGGUGAUUGUGGAGAACAAGGGAGACAUAGAUGCUGGCUACAACUUAAUUCCUUCAAGCUCUUUGUUUGGUCCAUUCUUCACCUUCUCUCCCUCGAGUGGUGUCCUUCAGCCUGGAGCCCUGCAGUCUAUCCAGAUAUCAUUCCAAUCCACAAUACUGGGAGAGUUCAGCGAGGACUUCCAGUGGGCCGUGGGUGGCUCUCCUGCCCCACUCUCUCUCAGAAUCACGGGCGUCGUGAUUCCACCUACAUUCCAGUUUGAUCCGACACACAUCAAGUUUGGAACAGUCCCAUAUGGUUUCAUGUCCAGUCGAGAGGUUGUGCUGACCAACACGUCAGAUAUUCCAAUGACCUAUCACCUGAGGGUCCCUUCAAUCGAAGCACAGGAUCAGGUCUUGAAGGGGAAACAGUGGACGAAGGGGUGGAAUUUGACGUUGAGCCGAAGCGUGGUGUCCUACCGGCAAACUACCGUCAGAGCAUUAGGAUCAACUUUGUUCCCGCGGCGGUGAAGGUCUACUCCAAGGAGCUCAUUCUCUUUGUGGCCGAGGCUGGAGAAGAGAAAUCCUCCCUGCCCAUCUCUGCCAAUUCGGAGGUCCCAGCCAUCAGACUGGAGACGCCGUACCUCGACUACGGUCGCUGCUUCUUGCAGUAUCCUUACACCCUCACCGUUGCACUCGCCAACCCCUCACACCUCCCCGUGAAGUAUCAGAUGGAGCCGCCACUAGACGAGCGUACUCUACACUACUCCACGGACCCUUCCAGUGGAGUUAUUGAUCCUCGGACGACACUGGAGCUUCCGCUGCAGAUAGAACCGCAGGUGGUUGGUGAGGUCAUCACCGCUGCUGUGUUUACCAUUCUCGGGAGUCUGGAAGCUCCGCUGGAAGUGGCCAUUCGUUUUGUCGGGGAAGGCCCUGUCAUUAAUGUUUCGUCUACGGAUCUGCACUGGGGCAGGCAGCCAGUGCUGACUCCACUACCGAAAACCGUCUAUCUCUCAAAUGAGUCUUUAAUACCAGCAGAAUAUGAGUGUGUCUUGAGUCGGGAGAGGACGGUGUUUUCAGUGGAGCCACCAUCUGGUGUGAUAGCCCCUCAGGAAACACUCGAGCUCAUCGUAACAGCCACCAUUGACGACUGUCUCAGGUUUACAGACAAAGUGACGGUGGUUGUGUCAAAGGGGGUGAAUAUCACCAUUUCUCUCAGUGCUGAGGGAGAGGGAACCACCAUAGUCAGUCAGCCACCUCUUCAACCAAAAGUGGACCUGGGUCCCCACUUUUGCAACUCGUGGCCGUGUCGAAAGCAAUUUACUCUAAUGAACAGGGGCAGACGAUUGCAGGCCCUCUCCUGGACCACACAGGGGUUUUCGACGGCCAAGCUGAAGAAGAUGGAGAUAAAAAGAGCCAAUCAGGACCUGAAGGAUAUUGGUCGCAAGCGACCUAGACCAGAACCAGAGCUGAAGAGACCAGUGUUUAGGAUAAUCCCAGACAAGGUUGUGCUGGAGCCUUUCGAGAACUGUGUUAUUACACUGGAGGGAUCCUCCCAAGAGCCAAAAUCAGUGGCAGAGCGUCUCAUCUGUCAUGCCAUCAUUGGCAAGAAUGCGCACAAGGAGAGGAUCAUGACAGUGGACGUUUUGGCCAACUUCAUCUCACCUCUCACUCACUUCAGCACAAGAGAAAUAUCAUUUUCUUCAUACCAGCCACCUGGAAGUGAGCUGGAGAAGCAGGCACAGAGUCUCGGCCUACAGAAUGUCUCUCCACUACCAUUCACUGCUGUGCUGAUGUGCAUCUAUCCCUUCACUUUCAACAACAUCGGUGGAAAGCUGCAGCAACUAGAGCUGGAACUGGAGCCCUCUCAAAACAAAGAUGUUGUGAUCCAUUUUGAUCCUAGCUACUGUAGAGACAGACGCAGCCGCACAGAAGAGAACCAGCUAGUUGUAGCCUACAAGGAACACCCAAUGAGGGAGUACUUGAGCCUCAACGCCAAGGUUUACUUCCCCAACGUUGAAUUUGAAAGCACUGAUGUUGAUUUUGGGUGCAUACUGAAUGAUACUGAGACCAUCCAGUAUGUGAAGAUGACAAACACCAGUCCACUGGAGGUUAAGUACAAGUGGUACUUCUUACGGCGGCCACCGGUACGCAGACAGGACCCAGAGCAGUGCGAUGAGGGUGUGGACAUGCAGAGCGAGUGUGAGACCGACUCACUGACAGAGGAGGACAGUGCGGGAGAAUCACAGGAACAGGACGAGAGAGACGGAGAAGAGGAGGAAGAGGGAGAGGAAGAAGGGGAAGAAGGAGAAGAAGUGGAACAAGCCUCAGAGAGGGAGGGAGAGGAGGAGAGUAGUUUACCUGAGCACGAUCCAGAGGACAGCCUAGAGAGAGAAGAUGUGGAAGGUAGCAGGGAUCUGCAAGCAAGUGGCAACAGUCUGGCAGAGGGAGAUGAAGGAGGUGAAUCUUUACAGCCUCCUGCAGAUACGGUCAAUGUCCAAGAAGCUGCUGCAGCUGUAGUAAUACCCACUGUGGCAGCCAGUAUUGGUGACGUUGUUGACAACACUGCUCGGUCGGUUGCUCGUCAAAGGGAGAAGCAGCCAUGGGAGUUGGUAGAUGAUCCUUUCAAACUUGUCAGGAUUGAGCAGAUAUUUGACAUCCUCCCUCUGCAUGGCACACUGCUCCCCGGAGAGUCCCAGGAGGUCCAGUUCACCUUCUAUGGCUACACUGGCAUUGCCACUGAGUGUGUGGCAGCCUGCAAGGUGGACGGAGGACCCACUUACCAAGUUAGACUCAGCGGUGAAGCUUCCAACGUUCAGUACAGAUUCAACCACAAGCGCAUCGACUUUGGACAGCAGCUCUAUGGCCAAAUGUUGACCGCUGAGGUAGUGUUGUACAACACUGGCAAGGUGGACAUGGAUUUCACUACAUUUGGAGUAUCUGGAGACUCACACCUGGCUCCAGGGGAAAUCUCUGUCCAGCCACACUCAGGUCACAUUGAGGCAUUAGAAAACAUGAAACUGACCGUCACCUUUCAACCUGGAGUGGCAGAAAAAUGUCAGAAAACUUUUCAGGUCCAGGUAGCUCACUUGCAGCCAGAUGAGAUAACAUUAGUAGGAGAGGGAGUGUUUCCUCGUGUUGGGUUUGACCUUCCCAGCCAACUAUUGGACCCUGAGCACAGCCAACUGAGGGAAACUGCACAAAAAUCCAUAGGCAUGAUAGAGAGAGUCUCUGACGAUUCUUUGUUGUUGGAGAUGGAGAGGUUACUGGUCAAACAGUUUGUCACAAAAAGCGAUUCGCCCCACAUGAAUAAGGGAAAACUAAGGCCUUCUCUGCCACCAUAUCAGCUUGACUUUGGCUACGUGGUCUACGGGUCAGUGGAGACACGUAGGGUCACUCUCACCAACACGGGCUCCUGCCCUGUGUCCUUCAACACGACUCACAAGACUCUCGAGGGGACUGGGUUCUCACUCGAUCUCGUGUCCAAAGUCAGAGCUCUUCCUGGUGCACCAGAGGCUGAGAGCUUAGAGUUCAACGUGCAGUUUGAUCCCACUGCAGUCCAGUGUCCACUGGGGCAUGUUCAGGCCCUAAUCCCCUUCAAUCUCUUCAAUGGUCCAGUGUAUUCCCUUUUGCUCUCAGCAACUGUGACAAAGCCUGCUCUCCAACUGUCGAGGCAUGAAAUAGAUUUCGAGACAGUUAUUUGUGGCCAGUGCAAGAUUGCUACGAUCUGCAUCAGCAACCCCUUUCACGUCAGCUGUCGUUGGUCUGCGGUUACUAACAAGCCACCAAAAAAGGUCCCAAAGCAUGUACCGAUGCAUGUUCGUCGCAAAAUGAAGGACAAACCACCACCGACAUACUAUGAGGUGGACCCACCAUCAGGAAUUCUUCAACCAGGCCAGAGAAAUGACAUCAGGAUCAGAUUCAUGCCCACAGAAGAGGUGGACUAUGAGGACACAAUACCAUUCAAAAUCAGCCAUAACCCAGACAGUGACACAGUCCUGGUGGUCAAAGGACAUGGCAGUGAACCACGGGUGGAGUUUGACCGACAGAUGGUGCAGUUCCCAGCAGUUCUGCCCUUUGCUGAUGGGUCAGAGGCAGAGGUCCUGGUCUCAAACCCACAACCUUAUGCUGUGGAAAUAUACUCGCUCGAGUUUGACAAGCAGUAUUUAGAAGAAGAGGAGAUUCUGAGAUGGGUCAAAGGGUAUGAUGGGCAGAAACGGCUGUUCCUGCCUCCCAUAGUUCCAGGGGAGAAACUGCCCAAGGAGAUCCUCCAGGCAUGGGAAAAGACAAAGCCCACACCAUUGUCUACUGAGCUACCAUCCAGAGAGGACAUGCCGAGCACCAUGGAAGGUAGUGCAGCUGAAAUUGAUCCAAAGCUGCCAUCUUCAUCAGCAAAUUUGCUGGUGCAAGGGCUGUUGGAUGGAAGGACACCUGAUCUGAGUACCACGGCACUUCUGUCAGUCCCCGAACUUGGCAUCAUCGAGUCGGUCACCGGCCUCACAAACGACGACAUUGAGGGCUUCAGCCAGAUCAACGUGGAAGGAAUAGAUAUUCCGCCUGUAGCUGCUGCCAUAGCUCGACACAUGGGCAUUGACCUCUCUCCAGUAGGAGCCAAAAAUGAACUUCGCAAGGGGAUAGCCUUUGUAGUAGAUGGUCCCCCUAUGUCAGGACGAACAUCCCUUGCCAGAGCUUUAGCCGAGAAAUACAAAGCUGUGCUGAUAAACGUAGAUGAGUUACUGAAAGGUCUAAUUAGCAAAGCUGAAACACCGGAAGGGCGUAAGCUCAGGCAGCUCUGCAUAGAUGCCGAGACAGAACAGCAAGCACAGGAGGAAGCUCCUUCUGCAACCACAACUCAUACCACGGGGAAGAGAGUAUCAACAAAAGAUAUCAAAGAUAAAGAGGCCAAGGACAGUGCUCCUAAGGCGGAGGAGGUCCACCAACCAGUUGCACCAUUCCCUGUACUGCCUCUACCAGACACAGACCUUGCAGUUCCUCAAUCAUCCUUGAACCCAGCUCCCCUUCCCAAUGAGAUGAUUGUCCAGAUCCUUGAAAACAGACUACAACAGCAUGACUGUAGACGCGGUGUAGUGUUUGAUGGCGUAGAGUCUAUCUUCACUUCGUGUCCGUCUUCAGCAUUGAAAAUCAUUCUGGAAGUCAUCCACAACCGAAAGCACAUAUACGUGGCCAAGAUUGAAAUGGAACUGAGUGAGAUAAAGGAGAGAAGGUUCAGGCUGGAAAAGGAGGCCAAGAUGAGGGCGAAAGAGGAGCAGAGGCUUCAGGAAGAGAAGGAGAAGGAGGAAGAAGAGAGAGCCAAGAGAGAAAUGGAGAUUGAUGAAGAGGAGUAUGAGGCUCUCAGUGAGGAAGAGAGAAUCAAAUUCGAUCAGAAGCUUCUGGCAGUCAAGAAGGAGAAGAGUCGAAUCAAGCAGGAGAGGGAGGAAAGGGAACGUAUUGAGCACGAGAGGGAGGAGGAGGAGAGAAGGAUUGCAGAAGAGUUGAAAAAGAAGAAGGGGAAGGCAAGGAAGGCGCCCACAGUUACUGGGCUAGCGUCUUCCUCAAGACCCACAUCUGGUGGAAAAAAACUAUCUAGAGACGGCCUUGGAAUGGCAUCUCAGGCCAGCAUUUGUUCUGGCCCGACAACUCCAGGCAAGAGUAAAGCAAAGUCACCAGGGAUGGCCACAGACGGUCAAAUUGCUGCUGCUGACCCCCUUGAUAAACAAUUCGAGUACUACGUUCACCAUGCUCAAAAAGUUCAAACACUUUUGGCUGACUGGGACAGAGUAGCUCGAGUUGACCGACCUCUUCCUCCGCAAGAAAUGCCAGAAUCACUUACUCCAGUAAAGAAGUCCACACACAAGAAUGUCAAGCCUCAGCCUUCCACCCUUGCCCCUUCAACCACAGCACUACCGGAAAUAAACAGAGACGAACUCGGUGUGCCUCUCAUUGCACUCAAAGGGAGCAAACCCACGAAUGAGUUGGUAGAUGACAUACUCAGUGCCGACGGUAAUAUACCAACACCAGAAGAGGUUCUAGAAAUACUUGGACUGGGUGCUGACGGUCCCCCAAUAGCAAAGCCGGUUACCUUUCAAGUGUACCCUUAUCCCCUGAAGAGAAUGAAGCUCACUGAGCAGGACCACUUCAGUUUCAUUGCUGCCUAUACCGAUGACCCGAACUCAGAAAAAGUGGAACCACCACCUUCUGAGAUUGCACCUGAACCAGUGCCAGAGCCUCCGCUGAGUCAGAGUCGCAAGAGGUCAGAGUCUAGGCAGUCCCCACUCAAAAGGAGAAAGGGGACCUCCAAGGCUCCCUCACCAUUACCAGGGGUGGUGUUGGAGGAAGAACACAAGGAAAAAGUUGAAAAGAAACAAAGCAAACCUACCAAGUUGGCUGGGUACCGUUGGGUGGUGCCAGCACAUGGACAGAGGAAGAUUAAACUUCUCUUCAGCUCAAAGGAGUGUGGCCAGUUUGAUCACACAUUCAAUUUUGAGGUUGCAGGCACACGACAGCGUCACCAACUCUUCUGUCGCGGCCAAUGCCAUGUUCCAUCAAUAUGUCGAGAUCCCCAGACAAUCUUCACACACUGCAAGAAGUACAUGAGGGAGGAUGAAAUUGUUCACAAGAGAUACUUUCUGUCAGAAGACUUGUAUAUCUUUGGACCACUCCUGGCCAGUAAAAGCAGGGAGCGCUACAAGAAAGGUCUGCACCCAGAGAACAUGGAGAAGCUAACCAUCAGCAACCCCGGGAAGAUAAAAUCUGAGGUGUCUUUCUUCUUCCGUGAGGAUGCUGAUGGCACCACCUACAUCCUGGACCCACCCGCCAUGAUUUUAGAGCCAAGAGAAAGUCAGACUCUGACAGUAUGGGCCUUCCCAGAGAAGUGCACCACGUAUUAUGAUGCUCUGGUGUGUUGCAUAAAGCACAACCCAAAUCCUGCUGUCAUUCCCAUCACGUGCACUGGUGUUGUGCCCGAGAUCAAGUUUGAGCAGAAGCAACUCGAUUUCAAGAAAGUACUGCUGCACAGGAAGCAGACAAAUGUUCUAUCCCUCACCAACCCUACCCUGAUCCCGGUGGCCUGGAAACUGGGUGGACUGGAGCAGCUGGGAGACGAGUUCUCCUUCAACCAGGAGCAGGGGGUUGUGCAGCCAAAGACAACAUUUCCUCUGCAAGUCAGCUUCCGCGCAGCGAAACCAGUCACUGUCCUCAAGAAGGCCAUCAAAGUUGAGGUAUCAGAUGUUGAGAGAAAGCACAUGGGUCUCGUGCAAAUCGAGAACAUAAGCAUAAAUGCUGAAGCCUAUGAUGUAGCUAUGGACGUCAGCUUCCCAAGAGGAACUGAUGGAGGCCUUGAAUUUCCGUGUGUGUUUGCGGGCAGUGAUCACAAGCUAUUGAUGCAGCUGAAAAACAAGGGCAAGUACGACAUUGGGUUUGCCUUCUCGUUCACCAAAGCCAGCAACGGGAAGAGCUACUCUGACGUAUUCAAGGUGGCCCCAUCACAUGCAGUACUCUAUGCAACAGAGAAAGCGACAAGUGUGAGCGUGAUAUUUCACAGUACUACUGAAGUCACCAUCAAAGAUGAGUCAAUACUCAAAUGCGAGGUCAUUGACAGGCAUGUUGGUGAUCAAGGAGAGGUGAUUGCAUGCAUCCCCAUCAAAGUCAGUGCAAAAGCCGUAUUCUCCAAGUUCAGCCUGUCCCCCACAACUAGCAUAAAUUUCGGGGCAAUGACUGUCAAUACCAAGAAGCAAUGCUCCUUUGUUUUGGAGAACCGUGGGGAAUUCGAUUUCAGGUAUGCCAUAGUCGCAGCAGAUGGUUCGCAAAAGAAACCAGUUGCCAAAGCUGGAAGGGGAUCUAGUAGAGCCAGGGAAGGCCGAGACAGUUUACAGACCUCGUCCCUCUUGAAGGUGGAGGGAGGCAAGGGAGGCGGGAGGAGCAAAACCGAGAUAGCAUGCAUCAGAACAGAAGUUGUUUCCGGUACACAGAGGCUGGUGCUAGGCAUGUUCACAAUUCAACCAGCAACUGGUAUGAUACCAGCGGGUCAUAGCAGUGAAAUAAAGGUCGACUGCACAGCAGACAGACCUGGAAAACAGGCUGUGGCGUUGAUAAUCGAAAUAAGCGACAGGUUCGUCCGCGACCCUCCCAUCAUCUACCACAUCUAUGGAGAUGUACUCGAGCCUGCAAUAAAUACCACAGAUAUAGGGGCAAUAUUCGAAGAGCACGGAGUUUGUCAGAGUCUGGGGGUGAUGGGGCCUCAGCUGUUCCACAGAAAGGGGUGUGUUGGGGUCUAUGGUGAGGUAGAGCGAUGGUUUGCAUUCAAGAGUGUCAUUGUCGGCCAAUCAGCCCAGGCCCGUUUCAAGAUAAUCAACUCGACCAAGAUACCGUGUGAUGCAAAACUCGUGAUUGCAUCCACUUCCAGCAAACAAAAAGGAGCGGCUGAAGGAUUUGACGUGGAACCCAAAUCCAAGUUUACCAUUCCCAGCCACUCACACGUGUUUGCCAUGGUCACGUUCCAGCCAACAGCCAUCCAAACUUACACUGCAACAUUUGAGGCAUAUCCAGAGGACUACAAGCAGAAGGCCCUCACAUUUGAGCUCCAUGGAGAUGGCAACUUACCACAGGUUGAAGUCACUUACCCAACUUUGAAAAACGCAAAGGGCCAGCCCCUCUUGGUGUUCCGUCGAUUGCUAACCGAUCAAUCUCAGACACUCAAAGUCAGCCUACGAAAUGUGGGCACAAUCCCAGCAGUUGUCCAGAUCAGGAUCAGGUCAGGAAAACAACACUUCACAGGGGCCGUACCAAGUGGAGAUCAAGAGACUAUAAAUGAUGCAGACAAACCAGACAUUUCUGAAAAUAGAAACAGAUUGGCCUCUCUCCCAUUGUCACUGAGUCUCGAUGUUGGAGAGAUCCAGAGCUUCCCAGUGACUUUCCACCCCAGUGUUACAGAGAAGUGUCAGGGAGAGCUGAGCCUGAGAGUCAGAGACAACCAGUUUGAGACUCUCUCCAUUCAGCUGGUAGGAGAGGGCUACCAGGAUGAUGUCAGCAUUAGAAACAUCCACGGUGGAGCUGACCGGGACCAAAUGAGCAUCAGCAGGGUAUCUGAUCUUCAGCCAGAGAAGGUGGAAGCGGCUCAUGAAAAUAGCCUGGAUUUUGGUGAUUUUGCUGUGGGAGAGAGCAGACAGAUCACGUUCUCCCUCUCCAAUUGUGGCACUGAGCCUGUCAAGUUCCAGUGGCCCACUAGUCUUCCUGGCCUCAGUUUUUCUCCGUUUACUGGCCAUCUCCAUCCCUCAACCUCCAAAGAUGUCAGUGUCACUUUCAAAGGUGACAAACCUGUCACUCUGAAGCAAGAACGCAUCGCAGGGAAGAUAUGGAAAAUACGAUUUCGAGAACCACUGGAAAAGGUGCGUGAUUGGGAUGAUCGCCACAAGAUAAUCCACUGGGUGAAUGUCCCAACCGAUGCUGAAAAACCACUUCCAUCACCAGCUAAAAAGAAGGUUGUUGAAGUAGAAGCAGAGCCUCUUAACUCUGUACUGGAUGACAGCCGCAGGGAUUUAGUCCUCAGUGUGUGGGCCACUGUGGACUACGUCCAAUACACAUGCCCCACAAAAGAAAUCCGAUUCACCGACACACUUCUCUACCAAACACGAAUCUACAAACUCCCCCUCAGCAAUACGGGCCAGAUUCCCCUGUCCUAUAGCUGGAGCAUAGUGCACAUGGAUGGGUCCCCUCUCACCCCUCGCUCGUCACAGCUAGAGCUAGACGAGAACACAGGGAAUAUUGCUGGAGAGGGUGGAGAAGUCGUACCUUUCUCGAUUUCUUCAUCUGUGGGUGAGAUUCAGCCAGAGAAGGAUGCUGUGUUCAGCGUCUCUUUCUCUCCUCUUGAUGUGAGAGAGUGGGAAUGCAAACUAGUCUGCAGUAUUCCUCAUCUGGACAGCUCCAAUGGACUGCUGGAGCUGCUUGUGAGUGGCAAAGCCCUAAUGCCACAUUGUCACUUUGAGCUGGAGCCCAGCGACUAUCCAGUGGCGCGCCACAGUGGAGGUGAAGGAAGCGUCCACAGCUCCCAAGCAAUUGAAGUCCACUCGGCAGGAAUUGGAAUCAAGAUCGUAAAGCAAUUUGAGGUCAUAAAUCCCACUCUUCAUGGCUAUGAGUUCAACUGGACGUAUGAAGGGAGGCCCACUACCUCUCUCCAGCCUUCAUCCUUCAAAUGCCUCACUCCAAGGGGUUUCAUAGAAGCUGGGAAAACAUUUGAGAUGGCAUUUGAAUUCACUCCCAUGGCUAAGGAGACAGUAGAGUCGCUGUGGAGGUUCUCAAUUCCAGCUCUGUCCCAGAGUUUCCUGCUCGUGGGGCACACCACUGAGCCCGCUGUUCUGCUAGACCGGGCCUAUGUCAACUUUCAUUCUCUCAAGCUGGGCUCCACCCACAGAGAGACUGUGUACUUGGUGAACAACGAACCAACCGUGCAGUCUUUCGAGUUUGUCAAAAAGAGCUGUUACAGCUCAGGUCACAGUGCUAGGGUGAAGGUGAACCCUCUGAAGGGAACUGUAGCACCUCAUUCCCGGUAAGUCCCCAUUUUACUCAGUGGUUUGGUCUUACAAAUGAGGCAUGUCGCGUUUUUAUCAACACGUGAUUCCCCCCUGCAGGCUUCCUAUAGAAGUGUCAUUCACUGCUAGUCUUCCGCAAGAGUUCAGUUUCAAUCUCGAGUGCCGCGUAAAACACAAACCGACUCCACUGCGACUCAACGUGAAGGCCCAAGGCUACAAGGUCAAAAUGGGGCUCUCCUUCACAAACACCAGUGGAGAUACCGUGGAUAUUCCUCUAUAUUCUCCAGCCAACUGUGAAAUAAACUUUGGCAAGGUACCAAUUUGUGAAAGAGCAUUGGGCCAGGUGACUAUCGUAAACCAUGGAGAUAACAAUUUAGAGUACCAGUGGAUCCUCUCCGAGGAGUGUGCAGAGGCAGGAGCUCAAGGCUGUCAGUUAGUCAGUGUUGAAAGAGCUAACGGGACAGUGGAGGCACGUAACCGGAGCUGCUGUGAACUGGUUUUGGCACCUCCCAAGAAAACAACACUCAAAAAUUGCACUCUCACACUAAAGGUUGUAAAUGGUCCAACCAUGCCUAUAUCGAUACUGGGCAGUGGAGUGGAGCCCAGGCUUGUCUUCACUCCCAAAGAGGUUGACUUUGGCAUGUGCUUCUUGCAGCAGGCAGAGAUGAGCCCAAGGAGAACCACUGUAGUCAUUACCAACAAGGAGAAGGAAGACAUGAGCAUCAAGUGCCUGUUUGAAAACAAGCUUCACUUUGAAGUCCAUUCCGAGCAGUGUCUCCUGAGGCCCGGAGAGACCAGUGAGUUCAUGGUGGUCUUCAGACCUACACAGGCCACCAGCUAUGAAGACAAGAUAGAGUUUGAGGUGAACGGGCUCUCGAAAACAAGUGUUGCAGUUCGAGGAGUAGGAGUGCCAAUGAAGGUUGAGUUAGCAGACCCAACACAGAAGACACUGAACCUCGGAGCUCUCAGAGUCUCUACUGUUGUAAAGAAAGAAGUGGUUCUCAUAAAUCGCAGUCUAAUUCCCCUCGCCCUCUCGGUGUCCCUCGUCACAAGCUCACACCAGCUACAGGAGGACAGCACCGUACUGUGUGCAGAUGUAGUGGAUGGAAAAACACUCCAGCCCAAGAGCGAGAUAACACUAAAGGCCAAGAAUGGAACAGGGAAAGUUAUGGUGACGUUUGCUCCGAAAACUCGCAUUGCACACUUCCAGGAAGAGGUCAUAAUGGAGAGUUCUGGGAUGUCUCAGCCUCUGUUCAUGGUGACUGGGUCGUGUCUCGGACAGGAGAUCCAGCUAGACAUGGAUCACAUCCCAUUUGGCACCGUCUGCCACGGGAGUCAGACUUCUCGCCACAUUCUCAUCAUCAACAGUGGGGACAUUGGGGCCAGCUUCAAGUGGGAGGCCGAUAAGUUUGCUCCAGACUUCUCAAUUUCACCCACUGAAGGCUAUCUCUCUCCAGGAAUGGAGGUUCCACUGGAGAUCACCUUCCACCCCCGGAAGGUUAAGAGGGACAUUCGCUAUGAGAGACUGCCUUGCCAGAUUGAGGGCAGCUCUCCUCUUUUGCUUACUCUCAGUGGGAUCUGCACUGAGCAAAAACCCGAGAAAGAGAUCCAGCAGUUUACCACGAUUGUGAGAACCAAGAAGUCCAAGCAACUGCCGCAGAUCCGCAACGACUCAAACGCAGUCUGGAGACUGAGUCCGGUCAUCGGUGGCCAGCAGUGGACUGGCCCUGACUCCCUCACCAUCAACCCCAACUCCUCCGGCCACUAUGAGCUGACCUACCACCCACUCGCAAUGACGUCUGACACUGCCAAGCACCACGGCACGGUCUUCUUUCCAUUCCCCAAUGGAAACGGACUCCUCUACAACCUCCAAGGCACGGCAGAGCCUCCAGAUGCCACUGCGUCUACAUUUCGAGAGAUUCCCUGCAAGACGCCUCACACCGAGCUACUGAAAGUCAAGAAUUGGAUUAGAAGGCCACAGAGGUUUCGGGUCAUACGAGAACUGGUGCGUCCAGAAAAGUUGGACCAGUCAGUGAGUCUCCAUGGAAUGGACUACAUUGAUGUCCCAGCCCUCGGGAAGAAAGACUACAAACUACACUUCUACUCUUUCAAGGAAUGCACCAUCAUAGCAAAGGUCACAUUCAUGAUAGAGCAGACUGGGGAGUACAUGUUCUACAAUGUGACCUUCAAAUCCACAUCCUCGGGCAUAAUCGACACCAUCGAACUCUCCACUCAAGUGAGGCGGAGUGUCUCCCACGACAUUGUCAUCACCAAUCCCCUAAACUCCAACGUGACAUUUUCUGCAUCCACUUCCGUCCACGAGAUAAGUCUACCUCCCAACUUUGUGGUGGGACCUGACAGUAAGUUGUCACGUACAUUUGAAUACCUCCCACUUCGUGCCGGGGAGACGGUGGGUAAACUCAUCUUCACCAGUUCUGAACUAGGUGCCUACCAGUACGAGCUACACCUCACCGCUACACCGCCGACCCCCGAACCACCCGUCCACUUCACCUGUCACCUCGGAAAGAGCAAACAGCAGCAGUGCAAGGUGCCCAACUACGCCAAGGGCACCAGAGUAGAGUACAGCUGCAGGAUUGCAAAUGGAGACAACACCGAGUCUACCAACUUCCACGUGGAGAAAUCCAUCAUGGCUAGCGGGGCCGAGGUUAUUUUCGAGGUCAACUUUGAGCCCUCUCAUCUCGGGGAUUCCCAGGCCACCCUCUUUCUCUCGUCGAGCCAGGGAGGAGACUAUACCAUCCCUCUCUUUGGCCACUGUCUGCCACCUCGUCCCGAGGGUCCACACACCGUGAAAGCCGGUCAAACCAUUGCAAUUCCGUUCAAGAACGUGUUCCCACAGACGAUGCAGUUCUCUUACUCUGUCAACUCCCCCGUAUUCUCAGUGAAGGCAGCCGACACUAUCAAAGCCAGAAAGACUUGCAACAUGCAGGUGACCUACGAUGCCAAGCAAGCAGACCCACACCAGACUAAGACUGGUAAACUGGUGGUGACCAGUCUGCACUCGGCCCGCAGUGCUGCAGCGUCUCGAGGACCUCCACCCACAUCCUGGGUCUUCUACCUCAAGGGAACACCUUCCUAACCUCCAUCUGACAACACACUCACUUAUGCAUACACAUACUGUGCUGCACGCUGCAUAUUAUGUAUGUACAGUUACUAAGUUCUAAGUUACUGUACUGAAG